GCGUUUGUGUGUCAGCGAGAAGGACGAGACAGCAAAAGGGAAGCGUAUGAGCAUCUGUACGUUUCACUCAGAGCGAGAGAGAGAGAGAGACACUGAAAGAGAGAGAGAGAGCAAGACCAUGAGAGGGAGAGACAGUGAAUGAAAAAGAGAGAGAGAGCAAGAGCAUGGCAGGGAAAGAUGGUGAAUGAGAGAGAGAGAGAGAGAGAGAGAGAGAGCAAAGUAGGAAAGAUGAAGAUCAUUGGUUGCAUCGCGGAGCUUUAAAAAAAGGGAAAGGGAGCGACCGAAGCCAAACUGCAUCGCGUCGGAGCAGACUGCAGUCUCUCCCUCGUCCCGCGCCGCUGCAGAGCUAGCGCUCUCCUCUCCUCUCUGCUCCUCUUCUCUCCUCUCCUCUUUUCUCCCCUUCUCUCCUUUCUUCUUUCUCCUCUCCUCUUUCAUACGCAGCUCUGAGCAGCCUUAUCUUCAGAGAGAUCCUGCCUGUGUGUGUGUGUGUGUGUGUGUGUGUGCGCGCUGAGGAAGAGCACAGCACAUCCCCUUCUUCUCCGCGUUCACGCUUUUUUAAAAAUCAGCGCGAUGGAAGGGUAGACGGGCGGCGGGGGAGGGGGGGGACGGCCGGUCCUGUCAGCCAGCACAGUGGAGGGCAUCGUGGGAAGCGGGGAGGCUCCAGACAGAACGGACGCGGGCAGGCAGAGGGAGGGGAGGGCCAUGUCGAGUUUCGGCAAACUUACGGAUUACUUCAUCCGCCGCAAGUCCCAGGAAGACCUGCGAGGAGCCCGGAGAGAGUCCCAGAGGAGCAGCAGCUACUGCUGCACUGUGGCCGAGGCCAGGUCCUUGGAAAAGAAGCUUCAGAGACCCCUCCUGGCCAAGUCUCGCACCCUUCCCAGCAUCCCUCAGUCCCCCAUGGCCAAUAGGAUGAAUCGCUCGGACCUGGUGGAUGGCAGUCAAGCGCACGCCCCUUUUCGAUUCAAACCCCCUCUUGGCACCGGUCUCCCUGCGCUGCCCCCAACAGGUGAGGCUCUCGUUCUGGGAGAGGGGAUGGAGCUCUGUGGAGGGGUGCGGCCCCGUUCCCAGUCUCCCCUGUCCCACUUCCGGAUCCGGGCCACGGACCUGCAGAAGAGCCUCUCCAUGGACGAGCGCCUGGGUCGCCCGGAGCCCCCCGUCCCGCCGGCGGAGGGGCGGACCUUCCGCAGCAGCAAGGGCAAGCUCAAAAGGAAGUUUAGCCUUGGGUCGGCGGACCGGAAAGAAGCCCAGCAGAAGAAGUCUGAGUCGGGCAUCUCCAGGUUCACCCAGCGCCUGGCCCUGAGAGAUCGGCAGGCGAAGCCAGAGAAGACGGCCACAUACAGGAGACGUUCCCUCAGCCUGGACUGGGCCGACUAUCCCAAAAUGACCCAGCCGAUGCGCGAGCCGGCGCUGACCAGGAAGCCCGCCUGCCUCUCCUCGCCCAGCGCCGCGCGGCGGCUCUACCGCAACCUGUCCGGAAAGUUCCGCGCAGGGCAGCUGGGGCUGGAGGAGCGCGUGCUGUCUGGGCGCGGGGACAAGGCUGCCGUGUUCCAGAGCAGUGAGGCCCUAUUUGAGGCGGUGGAGCACCAGGAGCUGGACCUGGUCCACCUCCUGCUCUCCCAGUACAGCCUGGAGGAGCUGGACCUCAACACGCCCAACAGCGAGGGCCUGCUGCCCCUGGACAUCGCCAUCAUGACCAACAACGUGCCCAUGGCCAAGCUUCUGCUGCAGGCCGGGGCCAAGGAGAGCCCUCACUUCGUUAGCCUGGAGGGCCGGGCCACGCACCUGGACACCCUGCUGAGGGAGGCGGAGCAGCGCGUGGCCGAGCUCCAGACGCAGGCGGCGGGGGAGGGGCAGCGGGGGCCGCACGACGCCACGCACCGCGAGCGGCAGCUGAAGGCCUGGGAGUGGCGCCACCGGCUCUUCAAGCGCAUGAAGACCGGGUUCGAGCACGCCAGUCCCCCUGAUGCCCCGAGCAACGUGCGCCUGACCGUCAGCAGCAGCUACAGCCUGAAGGUCACCUUCCAGGAGCCGCUGAGCGUCAACUCCGCCGUCGUGACCAAGUACAAGGUGGGCUGGAGCUUGGCCCCAUCUCUGAGCCCCCUCCUGGGAGAGCUGGUGCUGGAGGACUCCAGCGCCCAGCAGUGCACCAUCACAGGACUCACACCGGGCCUUCAUUAUUACGUGCAGGUCUCCGCCUACAACAUGAAGGGCUGGGGCCCCGCCCAGCCGACCGUUCCCGCCUGCGCCGCCCCCUCCUGCUGGCGGGACAUCGAGAGGCGCUUGCCGCGGCUGAGGGGCCAGAAGGAGGUGCUGGACCAGCUUCUGGGCCAGAUCAAGGAGGCACACCAGCACUGCGCCUGCCACGAGCCAUGCAAAGCGCAGCCGCACGUCAGAAAGCACUCCGUUUCCAAAAGCCUGCGACACCUCUUCCAGCCCGGCAGCAAGUUCGUGAAAAACCUGAAGCGGGGCCUGUACCUGGCCUCCGUAUUCUACCGAGAGGACAAGAUCUUUGUGACUUCUGAGGACCAGAUCCCGAUCGUGGAGAUCGAGGACUCGUACUCCAGCUCCCUGAUGCAGGACUUCCUGUGGUUCACCAAGGUGUCCUACCUGUGGGAGGAGAUCCCUUGGCUGCUCCAGCUGCUCGGCCCCUCACAGUCCUCCUGCACCUGCAGCCUGCAGACGCACCUCAAAAUGCUGCAGGCAGCGUCCCAGCUCCAGAGCAUGCUGGGAACGCAGGACCUGGGCCGGGUGCACUACGAGCCCAUCAAAGACAAGCACGGGAACGUGCUGCUGGUGACGCUGCUGGACCUCAGCUCCGGGCCCUGCCCCGACGGCAUGCGCUGGACGCCGCUCGGCAAGCUGCAGCACCAGCGCCGGUCCGUCUCCUCCUCCGAGGAGCCCACCGCCCUGGACAUGCUGCUCGCCACGCUUCAGGAGAAGCUGUCGUACCAUCGGUGCAGCAGGAAUAUCCUUCCCCCGGGGCUGUACCUGGGCUACCUGAAGCUCUGCAGCUCCGUGGAUCAGAUACGAGUCCUCGUGCCGCAGAAACUGCCCAACAUGCUCUGCCAUGUCAAAGUCCGUGACAACAGUAAUGUUUCCAGGGAGGAGUGGCAGUGGCUUCAGGCCCUUAGCUGUCUGGAGGAGUCCUUAGAGAUGGACCAGGACAUCCAGAGCGCCGUGCAUCACUUCCUGCAGGACCUGCGCAGGGCAUGCUGGGAGCUCGUGGCCCAACUCAACAUCCCCCCCAGCCAGGCUCAGGACUUUCGGAUCUACAGCCAGGAGGUGCUGGAGUUCGGCGACAGGGUCUGCUUCCUGCUCCUGCUGCCCCCUUCGGAAGAUGUGUGCACUGCCCCGGGACAGAAUAGCCCCUUCUCCCCCCGCCCUGGCUUCCUCACCCUCCCUCUGCAGAUCUUCGAGCUGGUUCAUUUCCAGGCCUACCACCAGAGCUUCAUGGCGCAGUACUGCCGCGUGUCCGCCCUGCUGGAGCUGGAGUCGCUGCUAUCCCAGCAGACCUUGCGAGAGGCCUUCUCCGAAGCCGAGGUGGCGACGGCCAAACAGAAACACCAGCAGGUCCAGCAGCACAUGCAGCAAAUGGAGGAAGCGUGGCGGGAGGUCCGCUGGAUCAUGGACGCUCUGCAGCACGCUCGCUACAAACAGCCUGCAGGGGGCGCCUCGCUCAGCUGGAUCAUAGACUUCUCCCAUGAUGUGGCUCCUCUCCCGCGCCCCUCCCUCUCCUCGCUGAUGGACUUCCUCCCCUCCCCCCUCCCCUCGCCCCUCCCCUCCCCCGAGGUCAGCCGCAAACAAAACUACGAUUCGGCGGACGAAGACGUCUUCCUCCCCACCGACAGCGACUACGACUCCAGCCGCACGCAGAGCCCCCGCGAGCUGGACCUGCUCCCCGCCUCGCCCUGCUCCCCGGGGGCGGAGCCUGGGGGCUACCUCCGCCCGGGGGCCGGGGCGGGGGGGCGGGGCGUGCGGUGCCUGAGGAGCCCCGCCCCGGACGUGCUGCGCACCUCGGAGCCGCCCCCUCUCCCCCCGCCGGCCGAGCCGCCGGGCCAGCGGCAGCGGCAGCGGGCCGACGGCGACUUCGUCCUGCCGAGCCGCCAGAUCGAGCUCCUGCGCAUCGCCGAGCGGCGGCAGGCCCGGUGCGUGCGCACGGGCAGCCUGGACCUCCCCCCGUCCCCCCGCCGGUCCGGCCCGCGCCUCCUGCCCCCCCACCACCCGCCCCCCGCCCGCUCGCUCUCCGAGGACAGCGGCUCGCGCCUGGUCUCCGCCGCCGCCGCCCAGGGGGCCUGCUACGCCACGCUCAAGGUCUACCCGCAGUACCGCACGGGCCUGCCCACCGAAACCAGCGUCAAGUUGCGGGUGACCCACCAGACCUCUGCCCGGGAGAUGGUGCGCCUGGUGGUGCAGGAGAUGAACGAGGUGUCCCAGAGGCUGCUGGGAAACCCCGAGCGCUUCGUGUACGGGAAGGAGCAGCUGGAGGCCUUCGGCCUGGUGCUGGUGCGGGACGACAGCGAGGAGUGGCUGCGGGACGACGCCCGGCCCCUGGACCUGCAGAGCCCCGGGGCGCGGGGCCGGCUGUGCGUCCGGGAGCGCCCCCCGCUGGGCCCGCGCUUCGGGCUCGCCACCACCGUCUGAGCGUCCCCCAGGGCCCCCCCUGGGCCCGCCCGCCCGCCCGCAGGCUCGCCGCUCUCCGCUCCUCCGGAUCGCUCCGCGUCGCCGGAGACGUUCGCUUGUUUGUCAGGAGGUCCGUGCCGUUGCCUUCUUGACGCAUUCUGGUGUAUUUCGGUUCAGAGUGACUGCAAGAAGGACAGGUGCCAUUUCAGAGCAAUACAGAAUCACAGAAGCAAACAAAAAAGCAGUCUGUAUAAAGGAUUUGUAUAUAACGCACCCCCCCACCCCCACUCGACCCUUAGGUCCUUAGGUCCUCCUCCUCCGGGGGCAGCGCACCGACGUUGGCGGUAGCGGAACCUUUGUGACUUUCCCCUCAGUGACGGGGGAAGGGUUUUGCUGUCGCACCGCCUCCAGAUUACGCGGAGCAGGACCCAGGGACGACUGUGCGAAUUUCGCCGGGACGCCGUCGAGUCGUAAAACAGACGGCGACACAGUCGGAGAGCAAGCGGAACAGAUGCCGCGCGGCUCCUCUGGACCGCGUGUCUCAGUGUUCAGAUUUACGGGCAGCUCGUGUUCAUCGAAGUGUGUGCGAAGACUGCGGCAUGCCGCGUCGGGCUGCCUCCUGCCAGAUCCUCCAAAAAAAAACAGCUACCCGGUUCAACCCAGGCGUAGCAGAGCGUCGGGGCCGUCAGGCUGAGCCAGCAGAGGGGACAACCGCUUUGAAACCGUAAAAAAACCGAAGUCAAAAGAGGGCUUGUUUUUGAGAAUCCACCGACUCAUCACUCGGUGUAUCCUCAGAGAACGGUUGUGAAGGUUGUACUGUAAUGACUUGAAGUCCUCAGGCCUGUCUUCAGAAGAGUUGGCAGGGCGAGGAGUGAUAUUUAAGAGACUGCGGGGGCGAAGGGUAACCCCAGCUGAGUGACAUUUCACUGCUUUAUGAGUCUGCUCCAGCACAUUGCAGCCUGCCGGGCUGAUCAGCAGUGUCCCACGCUGUGGCCAAAGCAAACGAUUCUCUGAGUUUCUUUCCGUUUUCAGUGCGUUCUCACUGGUGAGUCAGUGAAAGAGGCUGCAUGAGGUGACGAUUCACACGGCUUUUGUGGUGGUGAUGAGCUAAUCCAGGGCCCCCUCUCUACCCAGGGGCCCCUCUCCACCCAGGGCCCCCUCUCUACCCAGAGCCUCUCUACCCAGGGGCCCCUCUCCACCCAGGGCCCCCUCUCUACCCACAGCCUCUCUACCCAGGGGCCCCUCUCCACCCAGGGCCCCCUCUCUACCCAGAGCCUCUCUACCCAGGGGCCCCUCUCCACCCAGGGCCCCCUCUCUACCCACAGCCUCUCUACCCAGGGGCCCCUCUCCACCCAGGGCCCCCUCUCUACCCACAGCCUCUCUACCCAGGGGCCCCUCUCCACCCAGGGCCCCCUCUCUACCCAGAGCCUCUCUACCCAGGGGCCCCUCUCCACCCAGGGC